AAGUAUAUGAUCCAGAAUGGACUGGCAUUGCGGCAUGGACCUGAUCCCUGCUUUUGUCACCAGAUCGGAAAAGCGGCCUGUAAACCAGCUCUCGCUCUCAUCCACCAAGAACCCGGGGCUCGAAGCUGAAUGUUCUACCGUCGCGCCAGUCCAAAGAACCCACAGCAUGAGUGUGAGCCGUCCAGAGUCAGCUUGUGGUCCCGCUGUGUCCAAAAUGGCCGCUCCGUAAACCGUAAGUAUUUGUUGAAGUUGGCUCAGCAUAAUAGGAUUCCAUGUGAAUAGCCUCAUGGCCUCCGUCAUCCGGAUGUUCUCGAUACCACCCAGUUCGCGAAGCCAAUAUAUCGCACAAAGGGUCGCAGCAGCGACUUCAAGUUUCUGCAAUAUGGGAGUCCACAUUGUCAAGUGGUUCUCUUGGCACAGUAUGCCGGGGACAUCGAGAUGUGCAUAAAGCGAUAUUUGCCUGCGAAUUUUCACAAUGAUGUCGAGCGCUUCUUGAGCAUCGAGGAAUAGAGCACGGAUUUCACCUUGCAGAUAGGAAUCUAGGUUUUGGUCUGCCUCGGACCUCAUUGUCAAAAAGUGCGGCGAGACUUCUUCCCACAACGGGAGAAAUUGUUUUUCGGCCCACGCAUUCUCACUGAGGUCAACAGAAGUCAUUGACAGAUUCAUGACAGCCACUUGGACUUCGAGGUAUAUCACACUGAUGUAGUGGUGGAAGUUGAAGGAUGGAUCUGCAAAGACUUCAUCCUGGUGCGUCGCGAAGAUGUCCUUCAGGACCGUAACAUGUUGAUAGAAGGCCUGCCUGUCUCCCAAAGAGCUAUCGGCGAAGAGGAGGAUCAAGAGGGCGCGGUAGAGUCGAGGGAUGCUGAUGUGAGGAGUAGUGGUCAUGUACUCUUUGAGGGCAGCUACCCCCUGGUACCGCAACUUGUGUGCUGUGUCGAGAUGCUCUGGGUUCGCCGUGAUCAUGUACCUGGUGGCGGCGAUUCGAGACAGAUAGCUAUGGUUCGCUAUGCUGUCGUACAGAUAGGCUUUGCACUCGGCGACCCACGUCUCGGUGAAGGGAGCCUGGCUGGGAACAUUCUCUUUCGCCGUCAUGCGCAGCUCAAGUUCUCUGAGGGCGGGAACGACACAGUCCCUCUCAAAGUCGAGAAGUGAGUUGGUCGUGGCUGUACGCUGCUCAGGGAGUAUAUUGGGAGGGUCUGGGCUGUUGUUUAGCAGGACGACGUCGAGCAAAGGCGGUAGGCUGCGAAUGGAUCUUGACGAGGAAGACGGUUGGGCCGUUUCGGGGGGUCUCUCCUCGCGGAUGGCGCGGCUAGGAACCGACUUAAGAGGCUUUAAUUGAGGAUCAAUGGCUUCAUGGAACCUGGAUGAUUCCAGAAGACGACGAGCGUCUUGUCCCUUUUUCCAGCGACGGUAGCCGUGGACAUGGCGCGUCACUCUCUGGCGGUGUGGAAGGG